AUGCCACAGGCUUCUCGGCCGAUGGUUCGACGACUACCUGCGCCAGAUUCCAGUGAUAUGUGCAUCGGCAAGGACGCUGGCUUCUGGAAGGACACGGCUGGUGCUUUGUGCAGGGAAUUGUGUGUCCAACUCAGUGAGACUGCCCUCAAGACCAAACAAGCCUUCAGGCCCCCUCUGCCGAGCGACUACCCGCUGCUAGACUCCCGGCUCAGUGCCGCAGCGCUGGGCACGUGGCUCGCGGCGCUCGAGGUGCUCAAGGCACAGAGCGGAACGAGGAGCCUUGAUGAGGUUGAGAACGUGUACCCUUGCACUCCGCUACAAGAUGGGAUGAUGGCAGAAACGCUGUUGAACCCUCAGGCCAAUGUGGAGCAGCCGCUGGCCUUCACAGCGGUAAAGCUUCUGAUCAUUCAACAUAACGCUUCUAGGCUCCCCUUGCUCCUUCGCGGUGUGGAUGCGGCAGCCUGGCGGAGGGCCUGGCAGCAAGUCGCGUGCCGGCACGAGGCCCUGCGCGCGACACUCGCCGCGCAGCUUGGGGCGGAGGGUCCUCGCUUCUGGCAGGUGGUCCUCAAGGCCAACUCAGCAGCGGGAUUGACGCAUUGGGAGGAGCCUGUUUGGGCGUUUGAGGGUGUAUGGGACCUGACGGACAUGGAUCUGCCAACAGACAGGCAACUGUCACGUGAAGCAAACAUGGAAGAAGUGCAGACGGCGCGCUUGGUGGAUGGACAGGUCUGGUGCCCAGGCUGCUUGGAGCCUGGGCUGCAGAUUCGGGAUGACUGGGACAUUUGGCCACGCCAAUGCCACGCCCUCGUCUCCCCCUUGGCCCUGUCCUUCCAGGCCUUCUCCAUAGCUUUCUCCGCAACGAUGCAGCGGCCGGCUUCCGUUGCGGCGGACGCCUUCUGCGUUUCGCUCUCUUCGAGGCUGGUCUCUGGGCUUGCUUGUGUUUGGCCUCGAGUUGGGGGAUCUGGGCUACUGGCCGCUCCAACGUUCUCACGUUUGCACCAGUUGGCACACGCAGAGGUUCGGCGCGGCACAGAGCAGAUCGAGGACGGCCUUCAUGUCUUCGUUCGCACUGAGCACCACGCCAUUUCUGACGGCUGGUCGAACCCGCUGCUGCUCCAGGAGGCCCUGCACUUCUAUGCAGGAGGCGGAGAGCUGGCACCGGCCGCACCCCUGGCCUCCUUUGCCGCCUUUGUGCAGAAGCGGAGCCAGGGCAAGCAGCGACGAGAAGACAUGCGACGAUUCUGGAGGCAGCAGCUUUGUGACGCAGGUACAGUGGCAACACCGACAAGUGCCCUUGGCCCUCACCAUGCUCCAGCUCACGACCCCCAGGAGCCGCCUCGGAGAGAGCUACUCCAGCUGCGGCGACAGCUGCAUGGCUGGUCGCGGCGUGCCAUCGAGGUCUUCUCUGAAGGAGGUGCUACAUCUGCUGCUGUGCUUCACAGCGUCUGGGCACUUCUACUGGCCCAUCGGAAGAUGGGUGAUGUCUUCGGCGCAGUCCUUUCCGGCCGCGAUGCCCCCGUGCCGGGUGUGGAAGGCAUGGUGGGCCUCCUGAUCUCCACGGUGCCCUUGCGCGCUCGCUUUGAGGCCACCCUGAGCUGCAGAGACUUCGCUCUGCAACUUCAGCGGUUGCUCUUGGAGGUGGCGGAGCACCAGUGCCUCAGUUGCGACCAAGACAGAGUCUAUGUGAAAGGACCGCCAGACAGGCUGAUAUCCGGGAAUGGUGCAAGCUUCCCGGACGACCUCUUCCAGACCACGCUGGUGUUCGAGAACUUCCCCUUGCCAGGUGACGAGAAGUCUUGGCUUGAGGCGCUGCAUCCUUUCGAUGAGUCCAUUCCCAUCACCGGUGCCGUGCUGCCCAUGGAGGCAGAAGCUGCUAAAGGGACUGAGAAAGAUGAUCGAGGAGUUAGCGGUUAG